AUGGUGAUGUCCUCCUUUUUCAAACUCACUCUCAUCCUUAUCAUCACCUCCACCCCAACCUCCUACGGUGAAACCGCCAUAACCACCGCCACUUGCACCGCUAUCCACCAGCAAAACUCCCCAAUCUCCAAAUGCAAUUACGUAAAAACAAACACCGGGUGUGUCCCAAAAGGAUACAUCAACUACCUACAAAUUUUCUACUGUAAUUUUUCACAGUUUCCUCAACUGGGUUUCAUCUUUCUACUUCUAUGGCUCGUUGUUCUGUUCUAUAUUCUGAGCAACACAGCGUCGGAAUACUUCUGCCCUGCAGUCGAACACUUGUCCAAAACACUCAACCUCUCUCCGGCAAUCGCGGGAACCACUUUGCUUCCAUUAGGAAACGGAUCAACAGAUGUCUUCUCCAGCAUAAUCGCCUUCACCACAUCCACCGACGGCGGAGAUAUCGGGCUUAACAGCAUAUUAGGUGGGGCGAUUUUCGUUUCCACCGUCGUCGUCGGAGUUCUCAGCCUAUUAAUCACAUACCGUCGGAGAAUCGUCAUCGUUGAUAAACCCAAUUUCAUCCGGGACGUUGUGUUUCUUCUCUUCACACUCUCUAAUCUCUUCAUAAUCAUCAUCAUCGGAAAAAUCACCUUUUGGUCAUCACUUUUUUUCGUUUCCACUUACAUAAUUUACAUCUUAUUAGUUUCUUACAUGCAUUUCAACACCAUGAAAAAACACAAGACAGUCAUUGAUGUUGCUGAUAAGGAUGAUCAGAUUCAGAGCACAAGAGUACCAUUAUUCGGUUCUGUCGUCGACGAAGAAAAUGUUAUACAUCCUGCAGAAAAGCCUGUACAUUUUGAAGAACAAGUUGUACCCGAUGACCCAAAAAGAUGGAUAGUCACAUUUUUCUAUGUAAUCAACAUGCCAAUUUACAUACCCAGAAGGCUUACAAUACCAGUGAUAACAAAAGAGAAAUGGUCCAAACCCUUUCUUGUGAUUUCUGUCGCAUUAGCGCCAUUAAUGGUAGCUCUAAUCUGGAACACACAAUAUGGGAAACUAGGGUUAAAAUCUAGCAUGGUGAUAUACUUUGUUGUGGGGUCAAUUGGGAUAGCUUUAGGGACUUGUACAUUUGCCUUCACAAGUAGUACAGCGCCACCACAAAAGUGUAUAGUUCUUUGGUAUGCACUAGGGUUUCUAAUGAGUGUCACUUGGACAUACAUAACUGCUGAUGAAUUAGUCUCUUUGUUAGAAUCCCUAGGGAGCAUAAUUGGAAUGAGCCCUUCAAUUAUAGGGCUCACUAUCCUAGCUUGGGGGAACUCAAUUGGAGACCUAACAUCCAAUGUGGCUAUGGCUGUUUAUGGUGGGGCCCAUGGGACUCAGAUUGCCAUGUCAGGGUGUUAUGCUGGACCUUUGUUUAAUGUUCUCAUUGGAUUAGGGUUUUCGUUUGUUUUUGUAUCAUGGUCGAAUUAUCCUGCUUCUUAUGUCAUUCCUGAAGACCCUAAUCUGUGUGAAACUAUCGGGUUUUUGAGUGUUGGAUUGCUUUGGGCUCUUGUGAUUUUGCCCAAAAGAGAUAUGCGACUUGAUUAUACACUCGGAGGUGGACUUUUGGUGAUAUACUUUUGCUUUUUAUUCAUAAAGCUUGCGAGGGCUCUUGGAUUGUUGGGUGCUUAA